AUGUCUGACGGGUUAACCUCACGUCAGACACUCAAAGCGACGAUACCAGAUAUCCGAGUCAUCGCUACACUGCUACGUGGAUUAUGUCUAUCUGGUACAAAUCAGCGAGCCGUCUUGACAAUCAUGAAGAGAGGACUUGCGGUGUCAAUUGAAGAGGCUAGGACUCUAAGUGGACGAGUGAUACUCUGGCCCGUCCUCUUCGACGAAUACGUCUAUGAACCCGAAGAUGAAAACACUGGCAGUGACGAUGACGAGGAAGGACCUUGGACGACAUUCAGCAUUCAAUUGAACAUACUGCUUGAAUGUCUAAACAUCUUCGGCACCGCAUCGGGAUCGGCGUCGAGUUUCCCUUCUGCGCCGAGGCAAGCGUGGAAUAACAACAGGCCGGAAGAGUCAGACAAUGAAGAGCAAGCCGGUGGUGCAGACGGUCGGAAGAAGAAGAAUACAAAUGGGAAGAUUGAUUCAUUUUUCCUUCGGACGAGUGGGAGAGGGACUGGGAUGAGGUUGUCAUACACUGGUCCUGGAUAUCCGCUUGUGCUUCAUCUCGCUGAAAGCUCGGAUGGUCCGACUACCACAUGCGAACUCGUCACUUACGAACCAGAUGAUCAGCUCAGCCUCGAGAUCGACAGUCAAGAUAUUGUAAUAAAAUGUAUUUUCAAGUCAUCAUGGCUACGCGACGCUCUAUCAGAGGUGGAUCCGUCCUGUGAGAAGAUUACAUUCAUAGGGAACCCAACAGUUCCAGAGACAUCGCUUCAACGCGGCUCUCCCCGUCCCUUGUUCAGAAUACAGGCUGUAGGUCCAUUCGGGAGUACAGAGAUUGACUACCCUAACGAUAGGGAGGUCCUCGAAGCCUUUGAAUGCGAUUCGAACGUAUCAUAUAGUUACAGGUUUUCCCAUAUAAUCAAAACGCUUCGUGCACUCCAAUCCUCCUCUAAAACCUCAUUACGAAUCGACGGGGAAGGCGUCCUGAGCCUUCAAUACCUUUCAACUUCACCUAAUCCAAACACUGGUGCACCUGUUGACUCUAUUGUGGACUAUUGGUGUUUAUCCAUUGACGAAAGCACUGCAUAACAAACC